AUGCAAAUUUUUCUAUUCAUACUGCUCAAUACUUUGAUUUUCCAAUGUUCUUCUUCGAACUCAUCGUGUUUGCCAUGUACAUCAACGUCAUAUCGUUCGUGUUACAACUGUGUCAAUCAAUUUCCAAUCGAUCGGUCACAUGUGGAACAAGUAAACCUUAUUUGUAAUGAAACACAUCGCGUUUUCACCGAUCAAGAACGUUUUUAUUCAAUUAUUAAAACUUACGUAGCAUCAAACUGUACAAUGAGAACCUUCUAUUUCGAUCAAUAUACUCUAUGGAAUUAUCUUGAAUCAAUGUCAAUUACUUAUGCGCGUUUAGCACGUUUGUCACCUGUCAUCUUUAAUCGAUCGCUAUCAGUAUCGCCUAUUCUGUACAGUAUUAAAACAUUGAAUUUCUCACACAAUUCACUUCGAUUACUGACGAAGAAUUUCUCGUAUUAUUUUCCAUCGCUGGAAAAACUUGAUCUAAGCUAUAAUCAACUGAUACUGAUUCGAAAGAUGACGUUCGGUAAUUUAAUUCAUUUAAAAGAACUUUAUCUGAAUAAUAACCAUCUAAAACAGAUUCUCGCGACAAGUUUUCCUCAACAAUCACUCGAUUUGAUCAACUUACAUCAGAACCAUUGGCAUUGCUCUUGCCGAAACGCAUUAGCUCUGUCAAUCAGUCGACCAGUACCUGUCUGCCAUACUCCAAUUCAAUACAGAAACCACAGCGCCCAAGACAUCGCCAGGCAAUGCUUUUUCCGUCGAAAAGCGAACAUACUAAUUACAACAAAUCUCAAUCGAGAAGAAAAUCUAACUUGCACCUUGUCACCAACAGCCGAUGUAUGGCAAAACAAAACAGAUGACAACGUCACAUUACUCUCUGCUUGGAAUACUGAACAACAACAACCGAUCAAUAUCGAACAUCUAUAUACAUUAGGUGCCGGUACGGAAAAGUAUCUGAUCUGUUUCAAUUCAACCUCAUCACCAUCGGAAAUGAUUCAUCUGAUCGUUCCGCUAACAUUGAAGACGACUUUGCUCGAUUCGAUGAAUGUGACAAGAUCGUAUUUUAUUGUAAAACCGUCGACAAAAUUCACGUCGCUUCUUCGUUGGCUGCUAAACUCCAGUCGAAGAAUUCUUCCGUUCUAUCUUCAAACAUCGGAUAAACGUAUUCUAAUCAUCUGGUUAACUAUCCUAACUUCAACUUUUGUUUUCAUUGCAUUGCUGAUCUAUUUCAUCUAUUAUCGACGAUUGAAAAAUCCAGAUUAUGAAGUUCAUUCCUUCUCCAAUCAAUUCAUACGUUUAGACGGCAAACCGGACACACCUCGAACAAUCUUUAACAUGAAAAUCAAUUGUAAAAACCAUAAAUGUCUAUGUCAAUAUCGUCGAAAUGAACAUUCGUUAAUCUAUUCGUCAAAUUCAGCAACGAAUCUAAGCAUUCGACCAUUAUUGAUUCAACCAGCGGAAUUACGUUAUGCAAAAAUUAAACGGAUCUCAUCAAGCAAGGACCUAGGUCUGGACGAUUCGACGGGACACUUCCGAACGAUAGUCAAACUGAAGAACUCUACCUGA